AUGGAUCAGGAACAUUGUGGGAAAGACAAGAAGGAUAUAGCCAUCAGUGCCAGAGACGAGGGUACGGCGGUGGUUGAUGAGGAGGAGUGUGUCAGAGUCACUGGAGUUGUAUUUGAUGACAGGGGGUUGGGUGCGAGAAGGCGGGUGUCAGAGGCUGAAGAAAGUGUUACUGCACACACUCUGGAGCAAGACCUAGGCCAGGAAUAUCCACCCGGCACUAGACGUAUCAAUAACCAACUCCGUCACAACAAUCGCCCUAUCCGGCGUGAAGGGGACUUCUGGCUCUACGAAGACAAUAACAGAUUCGCCCUUCUGAAUUACAAUAACUGCUCAUACCGAAACGGGCGUUAUUACUUCACCCUUGAAGACGGAACAGAAGAAGAGGAUAUUUGGAACGAAACAGAAGCUCAGUGGGAACUAGCCCCACAAUACAGGGAACCGGCGCCGGUAAUCCCCGAAGACUCGGAGCAAGAGGAAACAACCUCGGAAUCAGACUCCGACUCACCAAAACAAACACCGAUCAACACCCGAAACGAAUCAUUCGCCGACAUGUCGGGACAAGCUUUGACUUCUACAGACCCCCCUUCCGCGACAGUACAACCUGGAAGAGGAAAGGUCAAACUCCCAGACAACUACACAGGCAACCACAUUGAAUCCCAGAAAUUCAUGCUCCAAUGA